GGUUUCAAUUCUCCAUGCCCAUAAUGUCGAGCCGAGGAACAGACGAUGCGAGUGCAAGGAGGAGACUAGACGUGUUUAGAUUGAAGACGAAAUUGACAUCGGUGUGGCCAUCUGUACUUCCUCCUGAUUAGCCUUCACGUCUCCUUCAUAAAGUCUCAGUCAGUCACGUGUCAGUCUUUUUGAUUGAGGACAGGACUGGCAUGCGCGUGGAAUGUAAGAUCUUCAAUGCUUCAUCUCGAAGACGGUAAUGUUUUAGACUGCGACCCGCAAACAUCAUAUCAUAUCACAUCGCGUCGUUUCAUUGUUUUUAUGGAGAACAUGGAGAAGUUUCAGGGGAUCACCAGGGGAUUUAACUUGGUAGACUUUCGGGGUUUGAAAAGAAAUCUUCCCCGGUGAACGUUCUAUCCACAUCCAACAAUUCUCGAAAAUGGUCUGGGGGUUUGAAAUUUUCAAGCUCUUCCGGAUUAACUGCGGCCGAGCCGGUGUGCGCCCGCUCUAAUCACGUGUGAGGAAAUGGCACGCGAUUUACCGUGUGUUGCUAUCAAGCGCAAUUUGUUGUCGCGACGGAAGAAACAAGCAAAUAUCAAAACUUCGGGCAACCUUCACACAAAAUCCUCUUCAAUCUAUCGCUGCCCACAAGCGCACUAAGUUCAGUCGUCCACAGUGUCCAAUUAAUUCUCAAUAAGCCUCAACCAUCCAUCUCCGAGCCAUGGCGCCCGGGUUUUCCCAUCCAAGAGUUUCAAAGAAUUCGCAAAAUACACAAUUGAGUUACGAACUACCACAUCGCGUUCACACUACCAAGGUCUACCCGUUACCUUCGCCGAAUGGAUCAACAAUAAUUCUACAAGGCAACGAAACUGGAGUGAAAAUAAUAUGGAGGGGUGGCAGGCCUUUCAAAUUACAAAGAGAGAUAAACCCAAAGACCACACAAACCAACGGUGCGAACAAGGUUAUUUCUCUCGACUCAGAUGAGGAUGAACCUUCCAAACCACCUUUCGAAGAUAAGCCAGAAUUUGAAGACGAGGAAGAGGAAAUCGAUCCAAGGAGACCAUACCCGAGCAUUUUGCAGACUCUAGAUUUACAAUUUGGUACCGAUGUUCUUCACAUCAGCCUUCUGCCAAGCUCCACACUGAAAGCGGAUGGCACACACUGGCGCGGAAUUGAUCCAUUAAAACAAAAAAUUGUUUUCACUGCAGCUUGCGGUGACAAUACUGUUCGGCUAAUCACAUUACCUCUCACACCGCCGUCUCCCCUCAGCAAGGACCGUGAUGAACUUCGACUUACACCCUCGAUAGCAAAUGUCGGAAAUGGAAAAUGGGGAGAGACUAUGAUCAUUUUGACUGGUCACCAAAAGACUUCCGAUGGAAUAACUAUGACUGUUGAUUUUGAAGGAAAACAGACUUCCACGAAAGACGAUUCAAACACCGCGUUGGAAACACAAAUCAUAGUAGCUUCGCAUUCGAAAGAAAUCACUGGAUUAUUACAGCUAUGGCGCAUACCACUGCCAAUACCAUCUUCAUCGACCAUAGUGCCACCCUUCCAAUCGGUUUACAUGCCAUCUCCAGCCGUUAGCAUUUCAUUUAAUCCAUCAUUCUCAGAACAGCAUUCAAGUCAUUUACUUGUCGCCGAUAAUCUAGGCACUUGCCGAAUCUACAAUUAUAAACUUUUGGUUAAUCCUUCGGAAGAUCCUGAGAGCGCGAUUUCUGAGCAAGGAUCUUGGCUAAUUUCUUUAUAUCCCGGGUUCAAGAACAACAAAGCCGAUUCCCAAGCAUCUCAUAAGACUACUUACUCUGCAUUCGGUCGAAAAGCAAUUGUGGAUGCAAAAUGGGUAUACAGUGGCAAAGCAAUUCUUGUACUACUCAGUGACGGAGAAUGGGGUGUGUGGGAUAUGAAUGGCGUAGGACCAGGUGCAAAAAGAGGUGUUCUUGGUCAACAAUCCAUAAAAGGAGGUUCACGAUCAGAGUUCUCCCUUACAGGUUAUGUCGAAGGUGCAACCAAAUCUAACUCAAAAACAAUUGGCCCUCCACAAAUUGCCCAGUCGAAGUUUGCUCCCAUGACUCCUGGAACGCGUAAAACAACUGAUCUAUUCAGCAACAAGAUUCAUCCCACUGGUCCAGUCCGCGGAAACAUAUCAGUGCUUGAGAUACCAUCUGUGGCAUCGCAUUUGGCAUUUGAAGAAUCUAUCCUCUUCUGGUUGGGGGACUCUUACACCCUCAUUCCUUCCCUCUCAAAAUACUGGUCAGCCAAUCCUCGCAGAGGUCAAACUUCAACGAAUAUCUUCAACACGUCUCCCGGUUCCCGUCCCAUUAAAUUGGAACAUGUGGAUUUAUUGGGCGAACGUUGUAUUGGUAUUGAACAAGCUCCCAAGUCUUCAAUUUCAUUACAUACCAGGUCCGAGAUACCAUCCGAGAUUUUCAUAGUAGGUGAACAUAGGUUUAUCAUUUUUAUUGGAGGCAAAUCUAUAGCACCAAAACAAAAUCAGAAUGCAUAUGCAUUACAAUUGGUGCAAAGAGAGGAUGAAGAUGAGGAGAUGACGGAUGAUAGAAUGAUAGCGGUAGGAAGUGGUGAAUUGGAUGUUAAUGACAUUGAUAGAGCAUUAGCGAGGAUGGAAAAUAAAGACAGAUCAGGUGGAGGUUUAUUGUUUGGUGGAAAAGGAAAAUGGUAGUAUAUUUAUAAGGGAGGCUAACAGGAGAAGAUAUGAGAGGAUGAAGAGAAAGAUAGAUACCCCGUGAUGUUUGAUUGGGAAUAUAGUCGUAUUUCCAGUCUCCCUCUUUUUUUUCCAUCUGUUGUUUCUUUUUGCCCCUCGUUCACUUAUUCUUUAAUAUGAUUCUCGCCCUCGCUUAGUGAUGAACCCUUCUACACUUGGAUAUGAUCUCACCUCCUUUACGUACUCCAUUCCUCCCCACCACUUCCAAGUGCCAAAAUUUCAUACAAUUCAUCCAUCCCCCCACACCCCCUCCGCAAGGCAAGGUGGAGUACAAGGCGAGACCAUUCCUUGAAACUCUGUAAUCCAUGCGGUAUAUCAAACAACCCCUCGAAAUCAUAAGUCUCUUUCUUUCUUUCUUCGUCCUUUGGAUGAUGAUACAAAAAAGAAAAGAGAGCAAUCAUAUACUGGAACCUACUUUGACCUUUUCUUUAGGCGAAGUGUGGAGGUGUAUAAUUGUAGGUUGGAUCCUUCUACUCCGGUUUGUUCUUGUGCUUGUGCUGGCUUGUUGGUUGGCUACAUGCGUGGGUGGGCAACUCGGUGAUAUGGGAUCUGGACAUUCUUUUUUUUUUUCUGUUGGGGGGCUUUGAGGGGGAGAGUGAAGAGGUUUGAGGGUGAAGGAGAGGGAGAGGGAGAAAUGGAUGGAUGGAUGGAUGGUGGAGAGUAUGGGGGAGGUGGGAAGUGUGGUGAGUCAGUGGGGAAUUUAUAAUUUGUGUGUAGGAGAUGAAGACAGAGAUGGAGAUUAGAUGGAGGUCGGAUGGGAAAGAAAUAUAUAUCUUCUAAUUGAAUAAUAUAUGAUGUAUAUAUAUAUAUCAAAAACGUCUUGAAUUAUCCA